AUGAUCUCAGACGGCGAUGGAGUUGCUUCAAACGGAACGUCGAGGACGUACUCAAACGGCGCGAGGACGGAGGCGCCGCUGACUGCCUCGGCGACAAACGGCGCUCGCAAAGCCGCUGCCCUGAACGGAUCGUCCCGUUCUGGCAAGGAAGCCCAGACACCCGUCCCUUCAACUUAUUAUGGACAUGAUCGAGAAGAGGUCACUCGCAUACUCAUACAGGCUCUGUCCGAUAUGGGAUACCAGGGUGCUGCCGAGAGCGUCAGUAGAGACAGUGGCUAUGAAUUGGAGAGUCCAACGGUCGCCGCCUUCCGGAGCGCCGUUGUCAGCGGCGAUUGGGGCGAGGCCGAGGAGCUCCUCUUUGGAGCCGUCAUGUCUGGGGACCGAGGCCAACCAGGAAACGGUCUCGUUUUGGCUCCUGGCUCCGACCGGAACGUCAUGCGAUUUUGGCUGCGGCAACAAAAAUUCCUUGAGCUGUUGGAGCAGCGCGAUACCUCCCGGGCUCUGAUGGUGCUGCGAACUGAACUAACACCGCUAUACCAAGAUACUCAGAAGCUUCAUUUUCUCUCCAGUCUUCUUAUGUGCCAGUCUACGGAAGACCUGAAAGCCAAGGCCGAGUGGGAUGGUGCCCGCGGCCAGUCGAGGAAGGUUCUGCUGUCAGAACUGUCAAAAUGCAUUUCGCCCUCGGUCAUGCUGCCGGAGAACCGACUCGCCGUUCUUUUACAGCAGGUGAAGCAGAGCCAAAUAGACAGCUGCCUCUGGCAUACAACCGCGUCAUCACCCUCAUUAUACUCGGAUCACUAUUGCGAACGGAGUCAUUUCCCUACCGAGGUCGCGUUGGAACUCACAGACUUGACUGGCGAAGUUUGGCAAGUCCUAUUUUCUCACGACGGCCAGCGACUGGCUGCCUGUGGAAGUGGUGAAGCUGUUGUUAUCUGGGAUCUGCCUUCUUUCUCCAUCUCCCAAGUUUUGCGACCGCAUGCUCAAGGUGUCGGCGGUUUGUCAUGGAGCCCCGAUGACUCAAUGAUUGUUACAUGCUCCCAGGACAAGUAUGCUAGGCUGUGGGAUACCACGACUGGAGAGCUAGUCUUGAAGCUUGAGCGAUUCGAGGAGCCAGCCAGUGGCUGCGUAUGGGCAGCAGACAGCAAGACUUUCGUCACCGGAUCUCUGGACAAGCAACACGGCUUGCGCACUUGGAGCAUUUCGGGGGAGAUGAUGUGCGAAUGGGGUAAGAAGCAUAGAGUUCAGGACAUCUGCGGCUCCCCGGACGGUCAUUGGCUCGUGGCUGUCGACGAUGAGCAAAAGAUCCAUGUCUACAAUGCCUUCACACGCGAGCUGGAGUACGAAAUGGAGGUCAAGUCUCGGCCGACAUGCGUGAGCAUCAGCGAAGACUCGCGUCAUUUGCUGCUCAACAAAAAGGAUGGAGAGUUGCAACUGAUAGACCUGGUAAAUCGGACAUCGGUACAGAAGUUCUUAGGUCACACUGGAGGCGAUUUCAUUAUUCGGAGUGCCUUUGGCGGCGCAAACGAGAGCUUUGUUGUGAGCGGUAGCGAAGAUGGAAACAUCCUCAUCUGGCACAAGAAUAGCGGCGCUGCAGUGGAAAGACUUGAAGGACACCAGCCUCGGACGAACGCCGUUACAUGGAAUCCGGCAGAGCCUUGCAUGUUGGCAUCGUGCGGUGACGACGGCAAGGUCAAAAUGUAA